AUGCCAACUGAACAACAUUAUGGUUUGUCAAUGACUCCAUUUUUGGAUGAUGAUGCUUUGGGAAAUUUCAAAGCAAUGGUUAGGGCACAUCAAUUCCGUGAGAUUGAACAUCUGUAUGUGGAACACAAGCCAAUAUAUGUGCCAACCAAUUUUCCCCACUUCAUGAUGAACUCACCAGCCAAAAGAGUUGAGAAGCUUAUUCAUCUCUGUGUAACAGAACACCCAAUGUCAACAGUUGAUGAUGGAAUAACAUACAUCAAGGAUAUGCUAAACAUGACCAUUCCCAGAGGAAAGAUGGAAGAUGCAAUGGACAUGGCUAAAGAGAAUGUUAUUGCAUGGAAAAACUUAGUGUAG